GAAUAAGCAAACUUGAGUGUGUUUAGGACUUGUGUGUGAACUUUAAAAGCGUGCCAAGCGCAUGUUUAUGAACCAGUGAGAUACCCUCCCGCCACCCGUUUGGAUUGGGGCAUGGAUUGGGGCGGGACCCAUGUGUCGCUGACAGGAGCCACAUUCCAGCAAAGGUGAGCACAAACAAAAGAGGGUUAAGCCGCUCCCCUUUCAGCGGGUUGCACCGCUGAGAUAUUGUUAAAUUCUUUCUGGGGUUUUCACUUGUCCGAACACGUAGAGCCACAACAUCAGUAUUACGCAGAUCUGAGAGAGGUGGGGUGGGGGGGUACACAGAUACAGAGUGUGGCGAGUGAGGACAUGAGAGAAAGACAGGUUUCAAGUCGUUUGAAUUUCAAAAGAAAAUGCCUGCGAGAGAGGGAGGAAAAAGACUCACACUGAGGGGUGUGUCAUAGCAAUUUAGUUCCUCAAGGAAGUAAAACUGAACAUUAUCUUAAGACGGGCUGUUGAGCACUGACAGAGGCAACAUAGGAGGGCUGUGUUUAUGGGUUCUGGUUUUGUUUUUCAUGAAGAUGAGGGGAUCUCGUUAACUUGACCAGCCUGAGCUGUCAGCCUGAUCCACAGAGAACCAUCUGACACCCACACCAGCAGGGAGGGGGGACUGAGCAAACACUCAGGCAACCAUGGAUGCAUUCAGCUCCAAGGACAUGGCCAUGAAGGCACAGAAGAAGAUUCUCAGCAGCAUGGCCACCAAAAGCUCUGUGCAAAUGUUUAUCGACGACACCAGCAGCGAGAUCCUGGACGAACUGUACCGGGUCUCCAAAGAGUACACAGGAAACAAAUCAGAGGCCCAGAAGGUCGUCAAAGACCUGGUCAAAAUCGCCGUCAAGAUCGGCGUGCUUUUCCGAAACAACCGUUUCAGCAAUGAGGAACUACGAGUGGCCCAAGACUUCAAGAAAAAGCUCCACACGGGGGCCAUGACGGCCAUCAGCUUCUAUGAGGUGGACUUCACAUUCGACAAGACCGUGAUGUCAGAGAUUUUAGCCGACUGCAGAGAUCUGCUGCUAAAACUGGUCAACACCCACCUCACCCCCAAGUCUCACGGCCGCAUCAACCACGUCUUCAACCAUUACGGUGACCCUCAGCUCCUGACCAAGCUGUAUGACCCCAAUAGCAACUUCCGGCCCAACCUCACUAGGAUCUGCAAAGGACUCAACAAACUGGUGGAGGACGGGACGAUAUGACACAAAAGCAGGAUACGUGCCACAGACACUGGGAGACGCGUCAAAGACUGGAAUGUUGGACCUUUCUGCUGAACUGCCGCCAUCAAUGAGGGAAACAUUCGUGCUCCUCACUGUUCAGAGGACAUGCUGGAGAAGUAGUUUGCCAAUUCUGUUAUACAAGUGAUGCAUUCAUUUCCAAUUCAAGUGUGCCACUUUGAGUAAUUAUAAUUGGAAAUCAAACUUGAGAAUGAACAGACUUGAACUCCAUUUACUUCCAGUGUUCAACGGUCGAGACCUAUAAAUGUUUUACAGAACUACUGAUAAUGAGCAGCCUUCAGCCUUCAUAUUCAGCUGGUGGAUUGUAUGAACUAAAAAACAUGGGAAAACACCACUUUAGGUCAGUACUGCCAUCUAGUGGUUUACAAGAGAAACUUCAGCACCAGGAAGUGUAUUGACUGAAGUUUUAGGACAAUGAUCUACAAGCAGCAAUAAAGAUGGUGAACAGACAAAA